AUGUGGGCAGAUGCCCAGAAAGACCUUGACAUCCAGCUCCAGAGAGAAAGAGAAGAGUUCCUCCAGCCAGAGAAGGACCGCGUGAAAGUAUUCAAGAUGUUAGCCACUUCCUACAUCAAAUACAUUCAAAUCUUCCGUAACUUGGAGACGGCCCAUGACCAACUCGUUCACUGGCAGAAACGGGCAGCGAUUCGGCAAGUGCUAGACGGAGUGAUUGGCCGGAUCCUGGAGAUAAAAAAAGAGAUGGUAGAGCUGGAGAACUCUGAGUUUCAUUACUUUGAUGAUAUCCUGAUAGAUUUACAGCUUCUCCCGGAAGACAUAGAAAUACCUAUCCCAAGGUAUGUCAUUAAAGAAAACCUGAAAGUCCUGCAGCAGAGGAAGAAAACCCUUGAUCAGAUUUUGCUUAACGCUGGAUUGCAAACACAGAAACCUGUCAAGGCUAUAACAUCUGAAGAAGCCAUUAAAGUGAUCCAGGUUGCAGAACGGGCUCACCAAGGCCGUUGUCGAGCAGCAUUCAUGAAGCAAACGUACCUUGAAGAGAAGAGAGAAAGACAAACUAAACUUCAGGUCCAGAUGGGUCUAAGUCCAGAUGGUGCUGCCACUUGCAUUCAAAAGGUUUGGCGUGGAUAUAUCCAACGAAAGAAAACAGAGAAAAUGAGAGAAGAGGAAAUGAUAUUUCUGGGGAUG